GUGCGAGUUGCGAUAACUGAGGACGGAGGUGGUUGUUGUCGGUCGGCACAGUCCGCUCGCUUUUGGCACUGUGUAUAGCUCCAACUUAAGGGCGGUCAAGACAGUGCGACGGAUACUUGGUCCGGUGACGAUUGCCGACGAGCCCACCUGACAGGACCAUUUGAAGAUUCCCAUGUCGACAAUCGGCUUUGCCAGUGCGCAAUUGGCUGGAUCCCGAAACCGCGUGUCAUGUAGCGAUCCUUCAAGCCUUAUCGAGGGAGACCUUGACUAUGGGCAAUUACGGAUUGCGCCGGUUCGCGGUCUCUCAACAGACUCUGUCAUGUCGUAAGACUCGUGACUCGUAACAUGCCAAGUGGUCAUUUGGCCAACGUCCAAUCCUCUGUUGGUCACCCAGCCUCACAGAAUUGCCAAAACCAAAAGAAAAUCCAAGGUGAGAAUCGACAACCAAGAUGGACGGCCUUGAGAUCAGCCCCUUCAUCCAGUCCCUCCCCAAGAUCGAGAUCCAUGUCCACAUUGAGGGCACCCUUCGCCCUGCCAUCCGAUGGGCCCUCGCCCAACGCAACAGGAUACCAGUCGUCACAAAGGGCGUCACGUACCACACAUAUGAAGAGCUCCUCGAGUCCUACAAGGUCACAUACAACCAUCGCCCCGAACAAGGCGGGAGGAAGGAUGUGCCCACGUUCCUGGAGGCCUACUUUGCCGGAUGCGAUGUGCUGAGGACAGAGGACGACUUUUACGACAUGUCCAUGGACUACCUCAAGAGGUGCUCUGAGAUGAACGUCAGAUGGGCUGAGCCAUUCUUCGACAUACAGGCGCACACGAGACGGGGCAUCCCAUUUGAGCACGUCCUGAAUGGGUACCUUCGUGCGCAGCAGGAUGGCGAGAAGGAGUACGGCGUCAAGAGCAAGUGGAUUUUCUGCUUCCUCAGGGACGAGCCAGUGGAGGAGGGCGCAAAGGCCUACGAGCAAGCACUCCCGUGGGCCGAUACGCCAACUGGCAAGGGACUGUUCCACGCUGUGGGACUAGCGAGCAAUGCUUUUAAGCGACCACCCGUGUUGUUCAAGCAAUGCUUCGAGAGAGCCAAGCAAGAUGGCCUGCAUAUUACCACACACUGUGACUUUGGACAGACAGACACCCAUGAGCACAUUCGCCAGGCCAUCUUCGACAUUGGGAUCGAGAGGAUCGACCACGGCCUUGAUGCGCUCGACGACGACAAGCUCAUCCAGGGCCUGGUGGACAAAAACAUUGGCCUCACGCUCUGUCCCCACGCGUACCACCGACGGACAAAGACAGAGGUGCUAUUUCCCAAGCUGCGCCAGCUACUGGACAGGGGCGUCAAGUUCUGCAUCAACAGCGACGACCCCGUGUAUAUGCACGAUGUAUGGGUAGACGGCAACAUGGAGAAGGCGUACCAUUAUGGGGGUCUGACCAAGGGGGAGAUGGUGGGACUGGUGCGCAACGCCGUGGAAAUGUGCUGGGCCGAUCAGUCGGUCAAGGACUCGAUACUGGAGGAGCUUCAGGAUAUUGAUACUGGCGAGGACCUUUAGCAGGGGCAACAUUUAGUUAAUUCGAAGUCUCCAGAAGGACCGACUAUCAAAGCAUGCCA